GGUAACAUAGGCAAUGUGUUUGCCAUACACGACACAACCGGUGCCCUGCACGUAGCCAAGGCGUUGGAUUAUGAGAAGAUAAAAAAGUAUGAGCUACGGUUGAUGGCAUUGGAUAAUUUUAAGGAGAACUACACCACCGUUCUGAUCAACGUACGCGAUGUAAACGACAAUCCACCGGUGUUUGAGAAAUCGUCAUACCGCACACAAAUCACCGAGGAGGACGAUCGAGGACUGCCGAAGCGUGUGCUGCGGGUUACCGCCUCGGAUGCUGACGUGGAGCGGCCGAACAACAUCAUCUACUUCCUGACCGGGCCCGGUAUUGACAUCGAAAAUCCCUCCGAUAGCAACUUUGACAUCAACAAGGCCACGGGGGAAAUAUUAGUACUUAAGCCCCUUAACCGAGAUCCACCACACGGACGAGCAUCUUGGAAGUUUACCGUCUUUGCGCAGGACGAAGGAGGCGAGGGUUUGGUGGGCUUUACGGAGGUACAGAUCAACCUGAAAGACGUCAACGACAAUGCGCCCCAGUUCACGAACGGCAUUGCGUAUGGAAACGUGACCGAAAAUGGCACCAUCGGCAUGCACGUGAUGACAAUAAAGGCCGAAGACUAUGACGAUAUCAACGAAGGCACUAACGCGAAGAUCAUUUACUCGAUCGAGAAGAACGCGAUCCAAGAGGAUACUGGUUUGCCGAUCUUCGACAUCAACCCGGACACGGGACUCAUCACGACGGCGGUAUGCUGUCUCGAUCGGGAGAAGACACCCGACUACUCGCUGCAGAUAGUGGCCACAGAUGGCGGAGGUUUGAAGGGUACGGGGACAGCUUCCAUCAAGGUGAAGGAUCUGAAUGAUAUGCCGCCUCGGUUCACCAAGGACGAGUGGUUUGUCGAGGUGGAGGAAACCGACGGUAGUGCGCUGCCCGAGGCACCGAUACUGACCGUGACGGUGAAUGACGAUGAUGAGAUAAACAAUUUCCAGUAUAAAAUCAUUGAAAGCAGCGGUUACGGGGCGGAUAAGUUUGCGAUGGUAAAGAACGCAGACGGUACGGGAAGUUUGAAGGUGGUCCAGCCGCUAGACUACGAGGAUCCGAUGCAGAUAAAUGGCUUUCGAUUUCGGAUACAGGUGAUCGAUAACGAUGAGAUUGACGAGAGCGACAAAUACCACGUUGACCAUUCGUGGGUGAUUGUGAAGUUGAAGGAUAUUAACGAUAAUACGCCUCGUUUCAAGAAGCCGCACAUCGAGGCGGCUGUGUAUGAGAACGCGGACGUGGGGAAAAACUUGGGCACCUUCAAGGCGGUCGACAUCGACAAGGGCGGUAAGAGCAAAAUAACCUACAGCAUUAACCGUGCUACAGACCGGAAGCGCCAGUUUGCCAUCGACCAGGAAGGUACGGUGACGAUCCACCGUGAACUGGAUCGGGAAGCGAUGGCGAAACACUCACUUGAAAUUUUGGCCACCGAUGACGGUGUUCCACCGCACACGGCCACUGCCAUCUUGACCGUGUUGGUGAAGGACAUCAACGAUAAUGCGCCGGUAUUCGCGGAAGAUUAUCGGCCCAUUAUGCUCGAAAACUCACCGCCGUCGAAGAUUAUCGAAAUCUCCGCCGUUGACAGGGAUGAUCGACUGAAGGGCAACGGAGCACCGUUCCAGUUCCGCAUGGACCCGGACGCAGACGAUGUGAUUCGGACGUCCUUCAAGGUGGAGCAGAGUAACAAGGGUGACGGUAUGGCGAUCAUUUCAUCGCUCGGCUCGUUCGAUCGCGAAUACCGCAAGCAGUACACCAUUCCGAUCGUUAUCAAGGACUCCGGCACGCCACCGCAAACCGGCACCAGCACGCUGACGAUCACGAUCGGUGAUCUGAACGAUAACAUCAUGCAGCCCGGCUCCAAGGAGGUAAUCGUGUACAACUACCAAGGUCAGGCGCCAGACACACCGAUCGGGCGUGUGUUCGUUAACGAUCUCGACGAUUGGGACACCUCGAACAAGCUGUUCUAUUGGGAUGAGACCGAGAAUCCACGUUUCAAGCUAGACGACAAAUCCGGCAUGGUGACGAUGCGGCGCGGUGCUCGCGAGGGACGCUACAAGCUGCGCUUCAAGAUCUACGACCGCAAGCACGCACAGGAAUCGUACGCGAACAUGUCGGUGGUGGUGAAGCACAUCUCGUACGAGGCGAUCGUCAACUCCGGCUCAAUCCGGCUGAUCGGCAUUACGGAUGAGGACUUUAUACGCAUCUGGAACUAUCGCACCCAGAACAUCUUCCGCAGCAAGUUGGAGCGGUUCCGGGACAAGCUGGCGGAGCUGCUGAACGUGGACGUAAAGAAUGUGGACGUUUUCAGUGUGCAGAUGAAGGAUCGGUCGGUGCCGCUGAUUGAUGUGCGGUUCGCCGUGCAUGGCGCGUACUUCUACAAGGCGGUGCAGCUGAACGGCGUGAUACUGCUGCACAAGGAGGAAAUCGAGCAGGAGGUGGGCAUCAGCAUCACGAUGGUAAACGUGGAUGAGUGCCUGCUGGAGAAUGCGGACUGUGCUGGGUCGUGCACCAGCAUCAUCAAGGUCCAAUCGAACCCCUGCCUAGUGAAUGCGAACAAAACCGCCCUGGUUGGGGUUCAGAUCAACUCCACGGCGGAGUGUGUAUGCAGCUCGCGAGAGUACAAGCAGCAACAGACCUGCAAAUCCCAUCCCUGUCUGAACGGCGGUCGCUGCACCGAUUCCAAGUCGGGUAUCAAGUGCUCGUGUCCACCAGGCUACACGGGGCCCCGCUGUCAGCAAGUCGUACGUAGCUUCCGCGGCAGUGGCUGGGCCUGGUACCCACCGCUCGACAUGUGCGACAAGUCGCAUAUUAGCGUCGAGAUCAUCACAACGAAGCCGGAUGGUUUAAUUUUCUACAACGGACCUAUCAAACCACCGAAGGAGGACGAAACGUCCAAGCAGCUGUCCGACUUUAUUGCACUCGAGCUGGAGCAGGGCUAUCCUCGGUUUCUCAUUGAUUACGGCUCGGGUACGCUAGAGUUACGCAUCGCUACCAAACAUCCGCUCAACGAUGGCGAAUGGCACCGGAUCGAUCUGUUCUGGGACACUGAGCAGGUGAAGAUGGUGGUCGAUUUCUGCAAGACGGCAGAAAUCACCGAAAGCGACGACGGCAACCUAGUCCAGUUUGUCGACCACACCUGCCAAGCGCUGGGCAAGGUGCCGCAGUUCAACGAAUAUCUGAAUCUCAACACGCCGCUCCAGAUUGGCGGUGUGUUUAGGAACAAGUUUGACUACACUUACAGCCGCUGGCAGUACAUGCCGGUUGGGGUCGGUUUCGAAGGGUGCAUACGCAAUUUUAAGCACAAUGGAAUUCUGUACGACCUGUCACACCCGGGACUGUCUAAGGGUAGUGCGCCCGGUUGUUUGUACACGCAGGAGGUGUGUGAUCUGAAUCCACAGGUCGCCCGGUGUCUCGAGCAUGGCAAGUGUGUCGGUAGCUAUGUCGAGGCCAAGUGUGAAUGCAAUCCCGGUUGGACGGGCACGUACUGCAGCUUGCCGACCACGCCGACCACGUUCAAAAAGCACAGUUACGUGAAGUACGCGCUCAGCUUCGAGCCGGAUAAGUUCGUGACGCAGAUUCAACUGCGGUUCCGCACGCGUGAAACGUACGGCGAGCUGUUCCGCAUCAGCGAUCAGCAUAUGCGCGAGUACGGCAUCAUUGAGCUGAAGGGUGCCAAGGUGUACUUCCGGUACAGCUUAAACACGGGUCAGGUGGAUGAGCAAGAGCUAGCGUUGACUGCGGUCGAGGUGGACGACGGACAGUGGCACGUGGUGAAGGUGCAAAGGUACGGCUCAGCGGCCAUCCUGGAACUGGACGGGGGUGAAGGUGCUAACUUCAACCAAAGCUUCUCGUUCGACGGACAUCAGUGGCUGUCAGUGGACAAGCAAGAGGGUGUGUAUGCGGGCGGCAAGCCUGAGUUCACUGGCGUCAAGACGUACGAUGUCAAAUCGGACUAUCAGAAGAGUUGCAUCGACGAUAUCAGAUUGGACGGUAAAAGCUUGCCACUUCCGCCAGCCACCAACGGUACCCAGUGGGGUCAGGCCACGAUGGCAAAGAACAUCGACCGCUACUGUUCCUCCAACAAUCCUUGCCAGAACGCGUACUGUCCGGAUCCGUUCGAGUGUGUCGACCUAUGGAACAAGUACGAGUGCGCCUGUGGCGAUGGUAUGAUUAUCUCACCGGAAGGCAAGACCUGCAUCGAUCGAAAUGAGUGUUUGGACUAUCCGUGUUUUAAUGGAGGCACUUGCAUCAACCAGGAGCCGCGCCUAAAGUACAAGUGCAUCUGUCCAGACUCGUACUGGGGCGCGAGUUGUGAGUUUUUGAAGGAACGACAAGCGCUUAAGUUCAGCACCAGUGCCUUGGCCGCCGUUAUAGCCUGCCUAUUACUGAUCAUUAUUUUCCUGUUUGUUUAUUUUUCCUGCUCCCGGCGUCGUUCAGCUAACUUCAAAAAGAAGCCAGUCACCAAGGACGACAUCCGCGAGAACAUCAUCAACUACUGCGACGAAGGUGGUGGCGAGAACGACAUGACCGCGUUUGACAUGAAGACACUCAAGAUCCCGAUUGGUCCGCUGCCAGAGCUCGUUCAACAUAAGGCACCGCCAGUACGUCCAGAUAUUGCCGUCGUGUCCGACCAGGUCGUCGGCAAGGUGGACGUGUUCCUGGACAACCGGAAGCGACGCGUUGACAUCGACUCAGCCUCCGGGCCAUUCGACGAUCUGCGUAACUACGCCCACGAAGGUUGUGGGAGUACCUUGGGUUCGCUAAGUUCCUUACAGUCAGGUAAAUCAAAAAAAUCGCCCAAACCCAUAAUAAUCUUCCAAACCUGCCACGAACAGCACACGACGACAAACACCUAAACUGUCCUCCCUGUUCCUACUGUUCCACCGCAGGUACGGACGAUGAACCCCAUGAGUUUAGCUUUUUAACCACAUGUGGUCCUCGUUUCGAUAAAUUAUUCAAUAUUUACGAACCAAGCAAACUGCAGAUCG